AUGGCUCCUCCGAUCCGGGUUAAGGAGAAACAGGUCCGUGGGGAGUCAUGCGCCGGCCUGGCUGGUCUCGGCACCGCCAUCAGCUGCUCCCUGGCCGGACACAAGGUACACAUACUAGAGGCAGCACAAGAAAUCCGUGAAAUCGGCGCGGGAAUCCAGAUCCUACCGAACAGUUCGCGGGUUCUCCAACACUGGGGACUCACCGAGAAACUAACCCCAUACAUGACACUUCCCCGCGUGUGCAACUUCCUCGGUUGGAAAGGCAAUCUGAUAUCCUCGAUGGACUUCCAUGCCUCGGAGCGGCAAUAUCCCGGCACCUGGUAUCGAGAUUUCCACCGAGCAGAUCUACAGCGAUGUCUGGCGGAGCGGGCAGAGGAGCUAGGAGCCAAGAUGACUUGUAGUGCGCGGAUUGUGGACGUGCAGGCACAGGAGAAGUGUGCGACGGCGAUUGCGGCAGACGGGAGACGAUGGGUGGGGGAUCUCGUUGUCGGUGCAGACGGGGUGUUUGGGAACCUUACCGAGGUGCUUCUCGGUCGAGAGCAUCCGCCUAUCAAGACGGGGGAUCUGGCGUAUAGACUGCUCUUGUCAACGGAGGAGAUGCGAAAGGACCCGGAGUUGGAGGGUUUCGUGAUGGAUCCGCAGGUGAAUUACUGGUUGGGACCGGAUGCGCAUGCUGUUAACUAUGUCCUCCGCGGGGGAAAGCUGUUCAAUAUGGUCCUCCUGGUACCGGAUGAUAUCCCUGAGGAAUCACUCGCCACGACGGUCGAAGGCAAUGUGCAAGAGAUGUGCUCGCUGUUCGAGGGCUGGGAUCCCCGUCGGUGUAUAAAUGGCGGUUAUGUAUCCGAUACGGCGAUUACAACUGGACGCAUCCCUCUGGGACGUGGACGAUGCUGGGCGACGCAGUGCAUGCGACACUACCAUAUCUCGCAUCAGGGAAUGGCUUUUGAAGAUGGUGCCGUAUUAGGAGAAUGUCUCUCACGACUCCCAAACACGCCUAAUACGCGCAAAACAUCGACCGAGUUUGCUACGGCAAAGAGACAUGCGCUCGCCGUAUUCGAGAAAUGUCGCAAGCAGCGUACUAAAAUGGUAGUGGAACGCGGCAACGUCCAGCAAUAUCUGUAUCAUCUCCACGAUGGCCCUGAGCAGCAGGAACGGGAUCGCCAAAUGCAGAUGGUGCCGACACCGGAAGGGGAGGCGUUGGCCUGGAGGGAUCCGGGUUUGGCUCCAAGGUUGUUGGGAUAUGAUCAUAUUAAAGAUGUGGAUGAGAACUGGGGGAGUGAGAGAGAGAGCAACCUUUUCUAG